CUCAUUUCUCACUCUCACUCCCACUCUCAUUUCUCACUCUAACUGGCUCCAUGGCACGUGAAGCACGCCCACUGGCCAACGCCUAGCCCGUUUGUGCCAGUGAACUCUGCUCAGUGACUCUCAGCUAGGCCUCAAGCUCAAAAGCCUCCUCCCGACCUCCUCGCGCUGUCUUCCCACCCCCACCGGCGACGCCGCCCACCCGCCCACCAUGUCGUUUCACUCUUGCGAGGAGGAAGAACAGGUCCCCCUGACGGCAUAUGGAGGCCAAGACCACGCCGACGACCUCGAUCCGGUCAUGGUGCAGCUUCCAAAGGCUCGAGGGAGGCCAAGGCAUCACCGGCUCAGCCGCGCCCAUGUCGUCACCGCCAUCGUCGCUCUCAUCGCGGCUAUCGCCGGCUUCUUGUACGGCAAGUCGGCCUCCCAUCCUACCAUCUCGCCAGCUUUCUCGUCAGCAUUGACGGGCCUCACGACCCUCCCCCACUUCAAGGUCAACGAUCCAAAUGAAAUGUUCAACUAUCGCUGGUGGACCGAGGCCAAGCUGCGGUCGCUCGUCGCCUGUAUAAUCCGGGGCGACUGCGCUCCAAAUGCCGACAAGGUGCGUUUGAACCCAAACAACUCUGACGCCCAGGUCAUCAUUGUCAACACGAUCCACUGUCAGUGGGCAUUAGACGACGACUACCACGGCGGUGAGGGCAUCUGGUGCCUGGGAAUGAUUCGCUCGUGGGAGCGGCAAGGAUACACUGUCCUCCACGGAGGCGACCUCGACUGGCCCUUUGUCUACAACAUCUAUCGCCAGAUUCCAGACUUGGUCAAGGUCAUUGUCUCGGACGGGGGCAAAGACGACCGCCGGGGCAGCCAUAUCCACUAUCUCAAGUCGAACGACAGGCCCGAUGGCAUUCCUGCGUGGAAGUUCUUCCUCUUCAGCUACUACCCCACCGGCAUGACCACGGAAAUCGGACCUGCAUGGGCCGUCACUGCCGAGCCUGGUCGGGGCGGCGAGUACUCGAUCGAUAUCGACAGCCGCGGCGUCGCGUGGCUCACCACUGGUGAAGAAGCGUUGGACAUUCGGACCAAGGAGCACGCCACGCGCUACACCUUUCUGGGGUACGAGCUCGAGCCCAGCGCCGAGGAAACAACGUUUACAGAUCCCAACACCCGUCCCUAUCGCGUGUGGAUCAUGGCCAAGUAUGCAAAGUACUUUCAGCCCAACGACCAGCAAGUGUACGACCUGGCCUUUUAUGACCGAGCCUUUGAGGAGCUUUCCAAAGAGUUCCCGGGCCUCGAGUUUGUCGGCGGCUGGAAGGAUGAGCGCUCGACAGAGGACCAAGAAAAGUACCCCAUGCCGAAACACGUCAAGAAUCUCGGUGUUCUCAACGCCACACGAUUUGAAGACGAGUUUGCGCAGGCGAGGCUGAUGCUUGGCAUGGGCACCCCGACUCUGAGUCCCAGUCCGUAUCGUGCUUUGGCCAAGGCUGUUGCGUUUGGACACCCUCACAAGAUCAAGGAGGGCGGCACCGAGUGGCCAUUCAUGCAGCACGACUCGAUGGCCAAGGUGCCCGAGCCAUACGUGUACCAGAUCGAGGCAUACAACUACGACUCGUUUGUCGGGGCGAUCCGCAAGGCGCUUCAAUCGCCGCCAACCAGGCCUCUUCGCUUCCUUCGAAUGAGGAGAGAUGUAGCGGACAAGCGCCUGGUCGACUUUGUCAACGCAGACUGGCGCGGCGAGGCCGAGGUCAUUCUCAAGGCUCGCCACAACGGCCACGAGACGCAGGCGGGAGGAACCCAGCUCAAGGACUUUGUGUUGUAAUGAUAUUCAAUAGAUGCAAUGCAGAUGGGGACUUAUCGG